AGAAGAACUGGCAAGUGCCUUGGAUUUUAAAAAACAUAUUGAAGUUCUUCAUUACUUACUCCAGCUUUGGCCAGUGACCAGCUGUCUCAAGACAAACUUUGGGACCCUUCUACAAAUGGAACAGGAAAUGAACAUGCUGAACUGCAUUUAGGCAGCUAAAAACAACACAAAGAUUUCCAGGACCCAAGUCCCAAAGGAGUUGUUGGGCUUCCAGAAACAAUCUACUGGAAGUUAUAUGAAAGUCAGAAUUAUAGAUGUAAAAUGAAAAUAAACAUACAUGAAGGAUGUAAGCUAACCAGCUUUGAAAAAGAACAAAGUUGGAGGACCAAACCUGAUGAAGCCCUGGUGAAUUUAUCAGCAGAGGGAAUGAGACAGACAGGCAGACUGGGCUCUGCUCAAGCUCUUGCCUAUCAACACGCAAGGUCUUCCAUCACCCAGCCAGCAGGAAGACUCUCACCAGAUGCUGCCCCUGGACCUUGUGCCUCCAAAUGGUCAGUAUCCAUAGCAGAAGACAGAGUGGUGGAAAGAAAGAAUAUUGGUACUGGAAACAGAAAGGCUUGGAUUCGAACCCUGGGAAACAUUUGGCAAUGUCUGGGAACAAUUCCGGCUUCAUCUUUCAAUUUCAGCCUCCAGAGAUGUCAAAUCCUGAGGUAGUUAUAAGUAGCUGCAACUCUCACGAAGAGGAAAAUCGCUAUACUUUUGACCAGCAUACGCCUCCAUCUCAGGAGCUUUUAUUAGAAGAUCAGAUGAGGAGAAAACUCAAAUUCUUUUUCAUGAAUCCUUGUGAGAAAUUCUGGGCUCGAGGUAGAAAACCAUGGAAACUUGCUAUACAAAUUCUAAAAAUUGCAAUGGUGACUAUCCAGCUUGUCUUUUUUGGACUGAGUAACCAGAUGGUGGUGGCUUUCAAGGAAGAGAAUACUAUAGCAUUCAAACAUCUCUUUCUAAAAGGAUAUGUGGACCGAAUGGAUGACACGUAUGCAGUGUACACGCAAAGUGACGUCUACGAUCAGAUCAUCUUCGCAGUGAAUCGAUACUUGCAGCUACGCAACAUCUCAGUUGGGAAUCACGCUUACGAGAACGAGGGUACUGAGCAGUCUGCUAUGGCCAUCUGUCAGCACUUCUACAAGCGAGGGAACAUCUGUCCUGGAAAUGACACCUUUGACAUUGAUCCAGAAGUUGAAACUGAAUGUUUCUUUGUAGAGCCAGACGAACCUUUUCACAUUGGAACGCUGGAAGAACAUAAACUCAAUUUAACGCUGAACUUCCACAGACUCCUAGCAGUGGAGCUUCGGUUUAAACUGAAGGCCAUUAACCUGCAGACAGUUCGUCAUCAAGAGCUCCCUGACUGUUACGACUUUACUCUUACUAUAACAUUUGACAACAAAGCCCAUAGUGGAAGAAUUAAAAUAAGUCUAGAUAAUGACAUUUCCAUCAGAGAAUGUAAAGACUGGCAUGUGUCUGGAUCAAUUCAGAAGAACACUCAUUACAUGAUGAUCUUUGAUGCCUUUGUCAUCCUGACUUGCUUGGCUUCGUUGGUCCUCUGCGUUAGAUCUGUAAUUAGAGGACUUCAGCUUCAGCAGGAAUUUGUCAGUUUUUUCCUCCACCAUUAUAAAAAAGAAGUUUCUGUUUCUGAUCAAAUGGAAUUUGUCAAUGGAUGGUACAUUAUGAUUAUUAUUAGUGACAUACUGGCCGUCAUUGGAUCAAUUCUGAAAAUGGAAAUCCAAGCCAAGAGUCUAACAAGUUAUGACAUCUGUAGCAUACUCCUUGGGACUUCUACCAUGCUCGUGUGGCUCGGAGUCAUCCGAUACCUCGGUUUCUUUGCGAAGUACAAUCUCCUGAUUUUGACACUUCAGGCAGCGCUGCCCAAUGUCAUCAGGUUCUGCUGCUGUGCAGCUAUGAUUUAUUUAGGCUAUUGCUUCUGUGGAUGGAUCGUGCUGGGGCCUUACCAUGAUAAGUUUCGUUCUCUGAACACAGUCUCUGAGUGCCUUUUCUCUCUGAUAAAUGGAGAUGACAUGUUUGCCACAUUUGCAAAAAUGCAGCAGAAAAGCUACUUGGUCUGGCUGUUUAGCAGAAUUUACCUCUAUUCAUUCAUCAGCCUCUUUAUAUACAUGAUUUUAAGUCUUUUCAUUGCACUGAUCACCGACACAUAUGAAACAAUUAAGCAUUACCAACAAGAUGGCUUUCCAGACACUGAGCUUCGUACAUUUAUAUCCGAGUGCAAAGAUCUACCCAACUCUGGAAAAUACAGAUUAGAAGAUGACCCUCCAAUAUCUCUAUUCUGCUGUUGUAAAAAGUAGCUCUCAGGUUUACCAUGCUCUUGAGGAAAACAUAGUAUGUAGCUGAGUUGAGAGACUACAUGGAGAGUUUGACAUCAGUUGUAAUAUGUUUGAAAACAAGCUAUUAUUUUGAGCUAGUGGGUAACUACAAUUCACCAAGAACUAUGCUUAUAUUUUUUAAAGCAAUAUUUAUUGUCUGUGCAGCUUUACAACGGGUUGUUUAACAAAUUAACGUUGGGGAGGGAAGCUAUUGUAUUUUGCCAUUGCUUUAGAAAGUGUUUUCUCUGUCCCUCGCUAGCUCUUACACUCUUGCUUCCAGAUGUUCUGACUGUGGACUGUGUCCUCGGUGGGAAACAGUCCCUCGUCUGACAGUGACUUCAGACAACCCAGUUACCCUGACCUGGAUUGCUCUUUAGUCCAUCCCUGAGAAAGUAGGUAUAGCUCCUGUAUAUUCAGUAAUCACUGCAUUUUAGAGUCUUCUCAUAAAGGACAAAGAAGCAACUAUCACCAGCUAACAGUGCAAUGUUUGCUUCCGAAGGACAAUUGCUAUUUGAUUUUGCUUUUAGUUCUGAGGAGGAUCAAGGGUUCUGUCUUUAAUUUUGCCAGCGGGCACAUGAGCUCACCAGAGAGAGAGAGACAGAGAGAGACAGGGAAUGAAGCAGCCCUAGG